UCUCAUCUGUGAAGACGUACUGUCCAACACAGUGAAUAAUGGAUAUAGAAGGCAUUUAUGUAAAUACUGAAUGCAGGGAAAUUGAGAACACAACUGGACCUCAAACUCAGAGUCACGGCCAGGAUGAAGGAAAAGAUCUAAAGCGCAGACUUGUAGAUGGAAGUAGAUGUUUGGUGUUGAUCACAGUGAGUCUCGGGCUCAUUUGUGUUCUUCUGCUGGUCUUCAUCAUACUGCAGCACAUCACAGUUGAAGAGUUCAAUCAAACCAUCAACAGCUUACAGGACAAUUACACUGAUCUAAUGAAUGAAAAACACCAACUGCAGAACAACUUCAGCUCUUUGAGUCAGAAGAAACUGGAGUUAGAAAGCAAAGUCACUUCUCUGAGUUUGGAAGUAAACAUGAAUGCUUCUGAAAAAGUUUGUUUUUUCAUGUCCAAUGAGUUAAAGAACUGGUCUGACAGCAGGCAGUACUGCAGGGAUCAUGGUGGAGAUCUGGUCAUUAUCAAGAGUGAAGUGAAGCAGGUGAGUUUGUGUGAGUGUCUGUUACUAAAUGAGAGGAAUCACACUUAUUCCUAUUUUUAUUCACACACAGAGGUUCAUUUCUUCAUUAACAAAGGAGAGAGUGUGGAUUGGUUUGUCUGA